AUGGACGAGGAUACUAUUAGGGCCCAACCAGGCGCACGGCGGCUCGGGCCUGGACACUUCGAGGGUGCCUGGCCUAAAGAGAAACGCCAGGAUAUUGUGGACCGGGUCAAGUAUUUAGUGCGUGGCGACAAGCUUGAGGAGCCCCCACACAUCCUGGAGGCACGACUCGCGCUGAAGGACGCCGGUCGGGUCUGGCAAGAUGUUGACAAAGAAACGAUAUGCAAUGCUAUAACUAACCAGCCAGGGCGGUUCUUCCAAGUCGGUUCAUGGGAAAUGGGGAGCCCCGAGUACAAGGAAUUGGUGGCUAGAAUUUACAAAACCCAAGUAGAUUACUACACCUCCCACGAGGAGUCGGGCAGCGGUAAAUUCCUCGACAUGUUGCGCGACCCUGCUACCUCGUCCCUUUGCCAACAACUGAGCAAGGCCGGAAUCAGGAUCGACAAGAUCCUCCACUUCACACGGGGGUCCGUUAAGGAUGGACAUCGUGAGCUCACCAACAAAAUCAGGCCCAAGAGGGCAUACUUUUUCGGCGACGUGGCGGCGUAUCUUGAGAAAGCACAGCGAAAAGGGAAGAUUGAACACACAACCUACGAGCUGCCCCUGGAGAUAACGGGAAACCAUGAGUGCAUUGAAGCUAUCCUGGGAAUUAACGAGCACACAUUUCUAGUGGACACGACGCUCAACAGAAGCUUCCUCCAAGCGAUCCAAGAAGCAGAUCUCAGACCGGCUGUUAUCAUGAAGGAGUUCAAGUUCUGGAAAGACGGCGCUGACCAGGACGCUAAGGCGUUGCAGAAUGCAGAUUGGCUGAGGUACAGCACCACGCACUGGUUGACCCAACACUAUGAUGUUUACUCGACCUGUCCGGGGAGCGGGUUCGCCACUUGCGACCCGACUAUCUACAUCAGAAAAGGCACAUCCCUGGCACAUGAUAUCAAGACCGUGUUGAGAAGGGCUACGACCUUGUUUUCUCGAAGCGGCGAUAGUUCGGUGUAAUCUCGACGUUCCCUCGUUGCCUCUUCCUCUUGACUUCAGAUACCCCACUGGCACAUUGAGCUUGCUGCAAAAAGGGGCCCGGGGGGGAGAGAACUGAGUACACACGAAGUGGGGAACCUGCAUUCGCCCGAUAGCGACCUACCUAGGUAAUAGACAUAACAUUCACCCGGAUCCGAAUUUGAGAAUUGUCGCUAAGUGAGCGGAGUGACGGUCGAUUGCGGUAAAGACUGAGUGUGAUAUAGCGAGAUUAUCGGGCUGGCUGUGUGAAUCCCGCGGUUUGUAGUGGUAGAAUGCGCAGUGCUUGAAAGAACAAAGGUAAGCGCGCUUCAUAUGGCCGAGGUCGCAGGUGCGAUGUUGUUGAUCAGCCUGGUCCUGGCGCUUGUCGC